AUGGUGAUAAAGGAUUGUGAGAUCCCAGGCCCAAAUGAAGGACCAGGCCCAGGAUCUCGAUGGAAGCUCGCGUUUGAUGGUUCCUCCAAUUACAGCGGUCAUGAGUAUGAAGCUUGUAUCCUUGGUAUUGAAGCCGCAAUUGAUCUCCGAAUCAAUAUCCUUGAUGUGUAUGGAGAUUUAGCCUUGGUGAUCUAUCAGGCCAAAGGUGAAUGGGAUACCCGUGAUGCGAAGUUAAUCCCUUAUCGUGCUCAUGUUGUAAAACUGAUUGAAUACUUUAAUGAUAUCACUUUCCAUCACAUCCCAAGAGUAGAAAAUCAAGUGGUUGACGCUUUGGUAACCUUAGCAGCAAUGUACCAAGUCAGAUUCCAUAAUGAAACUCCAGUUAUUCGAAUAGAGCGAAGAGAUGAGCCUGCCUACUAUCAACUAAUUGAAGAAGAAACUGAUGUUUUGACAAGUCAUGUCAUGUAUGAACCUGUUGGUCAAGCUCUCAAGUCCAAUUAUAAGGUGUAG